AUGGAAGACAUUUCUGAUGCGAAUGAGUUCAAUUUUCAAAAUAUAUUUCCCCAAUGUCGUUAUGAUAUUAAUGGGAUAGAAUAUAGGGAAUUGAAGAAUCCAUGGUAUAAUCUUUGCUCACCGACGUGUAAUGAUUUUCAAAAAAGAAUAAAUGUUUCUAGUGAUGUUAGCUUUUAUUUUCAUAAGUCUUGCAUUAUUCUUUGUAUGUAUUUAAAACAUAUACAGAUCAAUAAAUCAAGUUCACAUGUUAAGGAAAAAGCAUGUUGUAAGUAUUUCUAUUACAAACUAAAAGAACUAAUAAAAAAUUAUAGGGGCACUUGCACAACAACAAAAGAAUGUUAUGAAAAAAUGAGAAUAAAAGAGAAUCAAGGAAGAAUGGAUAUACCUAAUAUAUGUGUAAGCCACCUUUAUGGUAUUGAUGAUAUUAAUGAUGAUACAUAUGAAAAAUUUCAAUACUUACAGAAACUAUAUGAUAUUGAAGAUAAAUUUAACAAAACAUGGGUGGAUUGUCCUACCGCUAAUAAAAUUAUUAAUGAAUAUAUAAGCUAUUCAGAAAAAAAUAAAAAUGUGAAUAAUAAUCAAAGUUUUAGGGAAGAGUUAAAUAAAGUUAAUGUACGGUACAAUGCAUAUCGUAAUAAAAAAUCUAAUUGUUUUCCUUCACGUAAACCUUCACAUUCUUCUUUGGAAUCAGGUAAAGAUACAGGUGCAAUUAUUGGCACAGAUACAUAUACAAAAUCAGCUUCCUUUACAGAUAUAGAAGCAUAUGCAGCUAUACAUAGGGGAACGAGUACAGUUACAGGUGUGAGUGUUUUAACCAUAACAAUUUUAAUGAUUAUUUUCUUUUUGUAUAAGUAUACAAGUUAUGGUUCAUUUUUACAAUCAAUUGUACGAAAGCUAAGAAGGAGGAUGAAGAAAAAAUAUGAUAAUUCAUUAAAUAUAAAAGAUUCAUUUGAUAAAACAUAUACAAAUUUAAAUAAGAGCAACUAUAGAAUAGCUUAUUAUUCAGAAGACUAG